ACAGGGUAUCAUAAUCAUUUUUUAAAGAUUAUUUCUUUAUUUGAAAGGCAGAGUUACAGACAGAGAGGGAGAGAAAAAUUGUUCAUCCUCUAGUUCACUUCCCAAUGGCUACAAUAGCCAGAGCUGGGCGAGUACAAACCAGGAGCCAGGGGUCUCCUCUGGGUCUCCCAUGUGGGUGAGGGGCCUAAGGAUGCCAUCCUAUGCUACCUUCCUAGGCCUCCAGCAGGGAGCUGGAUUGGAAGUACAGCAGUCUGAACUUGAACCAGAGCACACGCUGGAUGCCAGAACGGCAGGAUCGGCUUCACCAUCUACUCCCUAGCACCAUCCCCAAUCAUUUUUAUAACAAAGAGUCAAAGAUGAGGAAAGGUAGAGGAAUACUUACAAAUGAAACUUAGACAUUUUGAGAUAGAUGUUGAAAUUCAAAUAGAUAAUCCAUGCAAAGCCAAAAUUCCUUUAUUAUCAGGGGCUCCACUAGUCAUUCACUACACAAAUUGAGUCUCCCAUUAUCUUCCUUCCUGCUUUCCUCCCUCUCAGACGACAGCAGAUGAGACAUGGGUGGAACAAACCACACGGCAGUGACAGAGUUCAUUUUCCUGGGGUUCCCAGGCACGCCCUCUCUGCAGCGCAUGCUCUUCAUGAUGUUUCUCACCGUGUACCUGCUCUCCCUAGUAGCAAACACCCUCAUCAUUGUCAUUGUUCUCAUGGAUCCCACACUGCAGACGCCCAUGUAUAUUUUCUUGGGAAAUUUGUCCUUCCUGGAGAUCUGGUACACGACCACCACGGUGCCUAAAUUGCUAGCCACCCUCCUCUCCAAGGCUGUCACCAUCUCCGUCGCUAGCUGCAUCACCCAGUACUACUUCUUCUUCUCCAUGGGGGCCACAGAGUGCAUCCUGCUGGCCAUGAUGGCCUAUGACCGCUACGUGGCCAUUUGCAACCCUCUGCGCUACUCCCUCCUCAUGAGCCUCCAGAUUUGCCUGCGCUGCUCUGCAGGGUCUUGGAUUGGGGGCUUCAUUGCCCCCCUUCCACCUACCAUACUCAUCACUCAUCUGAACUUCUGUGGUCCCCAGAAGAUCAACCAUUUCUUUUGUGACUCAGACCCGAUUUUUAAGCUCUCCUGCUCAGACACAUUCUUGGUGGAGGCCGUGGGCUACACUUGCAGCUCUGUUGUGAUUCUCAGUUCCUUCCUUCUCACUAUGUCCUCCUACAGCAACAUUGUGGUCACCAUCAUCAGGCUGUCUUCCCGGGAGGCUCGCAAGAAGACUUUCUCAACCUGCGCCUCCCACCUCACUGUAGUCACCAUCUAUUACGGCACCAUCAUCUUUACCUAUGUCCGCCCUCCCUCCAAGUACAACUUCACCAUUGGGAAGAUGGUCUCGGUGUUCUACUGUGUGAUCACCCCCCUGGUAAACCCUCUCAUUUACACUCUGAGAAACAAAGAUGUGAAGAAUGCGUUCAGGAAAUUCCUGCAACAAAAGAGAUUUCUCUUGUUUAGAAGCAGGCAGGAGUUUUGAGUUUUGAGCACUUCAGAGUAGAUUCUCAAGCCACACUGAAAAAUGGUAAGUCAUAGAUAUUCUACUAGGAAAAUGAGGCCAUCCAGUACAGUCAUGUCUGUACUCUAUAUUUUGGGUUGAAUUCUACUGAGUUUCCCUAAUCUUGCUCUGUUUAAGAACAUUUAGUACAAAGCUACCUUGUCAGACAUGUAAAGAAAGGACAGUCCCUGCCUAGGCGGUGAGCACGAUUGGAAAGCAGACUUGUUUAGUCCAAUUAUUGCAGUUGGGUUCAUUCAUAAUGUACAUCUUAACAGGAACCAUGGAUUCAUUCAUAAUGUACACCAUAAGAGUAACCAC